AUGUCCAAGGUGCUGGCAAAGCAUAUUGAGAUACCUAAAGCAGUGAGAGAAAACCGAACAGAACUCGGUCAACCAAAAAUAUCAAAUGCAACUUCCAAUAUUCAAGAGAAAAUCUCGAAAGCGAAAUGUAAAGGAGCCAGAUACCAAACAGAGGAAAUGACCAUGAAACAUCUCGAAACAAAAUACAUUAACAAAACAAGUGAUCGAAGUGAUGGAGUUAGGAGACCAAAAGAAACUAAAUAUUACGGGAAGGACUACGGAAGUGAUAAUAUCAAAACUAAAUAUAUAAUGCACAAGUUGUUUAAUGAAAAUGGUCACAGUCUUUCAGCGAAACAACGCGCAAACCUUGUCAAGGAAAGAUGUCAAACAUUUCUGAAGGAAAACAAUUUACGACUUAAUCCCAGUGUAAAAUGUAGAUACGAUCGAGAAUUUAUGAGAAGUCGCCGUUAUAACUUAACAAUUUGCUACAACAGUAAAGUGGCUUCGACGAACACAAAACGUGUGCUUUACGUUCUUGACCACAACUUUACUGGUGAUAUCACCAGUCUCGCAGCGUUUACGGUGGGUAUAUACGGUAAAAAAUGCAGGAAUAAUUUCCAACAAAUUAUGUCUGAGAAACAUCGUAUCAGUGUAAUGAUGGUAAGAGAACCACUAGAAAGGUUACUAUCUGCAUAUAGAGAUUCACGUGCUUAUGCGAAGCACAUUAUCAAAGACCCUUCGUUUUCAUUUAAAAAAUAUUUGCAACUUAUUUUAGACAGACAAAUGAAAAAAAUAAACAAACAUAUGUAUCCGUAUUUUGAAAGGUGUCGGCCGUGUGAAAUGCAGUAUGACUUUAUUGGUCUUCAACACCACUUUAACGACGAUAUUAAAGCUGUGUUGCAGGACAUCGGUGCCAGUGGAAAAGUUGAUAUACCAACAAGAAAUGAAACCGGUUACACUUCUGAAUCAAGUGAUAAGCUGUUAAAACUGUAUUUUAGCAAAGUUCCAAAUGACAUUAUACAUAAAUUGUGGGAGAAAUAUUACAAAGACUAUUAUAUAUUUGGAUUUCCUUAUCCGUCACAUCUGAUGAACUGAAAAAGAUAAAAGUGGUCAAUGUUUUAUUUUUCAAGUUUCAAAUUCUGAAGAAAUAUUUCGUAACAGAAGUUGAGAUGUUGUUGUAGGGAUA